CCCCGCCCACACGGCCGGGGAGAGGAAAAAGAGAGCCGUGCCCAGCUGCUGUUCGUGCCAGCCCCGCCGCUUCAGCCCGGGCUCCCCCAAGAUAAUGCGCCGGGCGACAUGAGCCGACAGCAAGCCGAGCACGGAGUGGUCCUGACUGGCUACUUCAGCAGCAGCGAGGCCCGGCCGGCGGCGGGCGUGAGCGCCGCAGAUGAGGCGGAGAGCCCGGUACCGAGCCACAAGACCUGCCAGUACCUGCAGAGUCGCGCCAAACACGCACGGGGCAAGUCGCCAUGCAGCCACUGCGGCUCCCAGGACUCCCUGGAUGAGCUGUCCCUGGACGACUACUGGAAGGAGGUGGAGAAUAUCCACCAGAGCGGUGCCGGAGAUGCAGAGCAUCAGGAGGAGGUGCAGCUGAAGGUGACUGAUGAGGGUGAACGGGAGGAGGCGUGGCUUGCCGAGGUCGGCCUGGCCACCCUCAUCGACGGGUCGGCCUCGGACCCGGAGGACACCUUUGCGCUGCUGUCCACGCUGACGCGAACACAGGCGGCUGCGGUGGAGAAGAGGGUGGAGACCCUCAAACAGACACUGAGGAAGAAGAACAAACAGCAUCAAAUUCCUGAUGUGCGGGACAUUUUCAAGCCCCCAGUGGCCCAGGCGGCAAAGCUCGAAGUCGAAGUUCUGCCUGCAAGGAGAACUGAGAACGUUGAGGGGGAAGUCGGCUCUAGCGGUCCAGUGGGCAGUAUCUGUGAAAACGGGGCGGGGGCCCCGGGGGCCUCGGGCGCAGUCACGCCGGACUCGGAGAUCAACGUGGAGAUCUCAUUUUCGGAACAAGCCCUCCUCUACAGGGAAGGAUCAAAGGGCACGGAGGCCAGAGCCAGGAGUGACGUAGACGACAAGUUACCAAAUUUUAAAGUGUCCAGAGAUAGGACUGGUAUGACUAAGGUGGGCGACCUGGCCGACCAGGACAUGAAGAAAGUCCACAGGCUGGCUCUGAUCGAAAUGACGGCGCUGUUCGACACGGCAGGAAUCGACCUAAAGCCUCAGAAGGCCCUCAAACUUAAAGUCAAAGAAUCCGGGUUGUUUGGGGUUCCUCUGCCCACCCUGCUGGAGCAGGACCAGAAACGACUACCGGGAACCAAGGUGCCCUUGAUCCUGCAAAGGUUAAUUUCUCACAUUGAGAGUGAAGGCUUGGCCACCGAGGGGCUUCUGCGCAUCCCAGGUGUGGCUACGAGGGUCAAGGCGGUGUGCUUGGAGCUGGAGGCGAAGUUCUACGAUGGUCUGUUUGCCUGGGAGACCCUGAAGCAGCACGACGCAGCCAGUGUCCUGAAGCUGUUCAUCCGGGAGCUACCAUACCCGCUGCUGAGCGUGGAGUAUCUCAACGCCUUCACCUCCGUGCUCAAGCUUCCCACCAAGAAACAGCAGCUACAAACUCUCAAUCUCCUGGUUCUGCUCCUCCCGACCUCGAGCCGCAGCACUCUGAAGGCACUUCUGGAGUUUUUCCGAAGAGUAAUGGAUCACAAGGAGCAGAACAAGAUGACCCUGAACAACAUCGCCGUGGUGAUGGCCCCCAACAUCUUCAUGUUCAAGGGCUUCCGCAGCAAGGUCAGCGAGCAGCAGGAGUUCAGCAUGGCGACGGGGAUGGCUCACAUUGUCCGCCUGCUCAUCCGGUACCAGGAUCUGCUCUGGACGAUUCCUAAAUUCAUCAUGAAUCAAGUGAGGAAACAGAACAUGGAAAACCAGAAGAAGAUGAGCAAGGACAGAGCCAUGAAGAAACUCCUGAAGAAGAUGGCGUACGACCGUGAGAAGUCUGAGAAGCUGGAGAAGAACGCAGCGGAGGAGUGUGCUCAGGGUUUAAUCCGUAUUCAAGCCCCACAGUUCUCAAAGAUCUCCAUGGCCGUCCAGCUAACGGACGAGCUGCGGGUGGCCGACAUCGUUGCCCGAUUCGUGAAGCAGGAAAGUGCCUUGCUGGGAAAGAAGGAAGAUUUUUGCCUUUAUGAAGUUGGAGGCAAUAUCAAUGAGCGCUGCUUGGACGAAGAGGCCUACAUGAAGAAUGUGAUAGAGCUGAACCCCAGUGCGGAGUGGGUUAUAAAGCCGGUGCCUCACUAAGACGUGCAGGCCUGUACCCCCAUCGCCACCUGCAGUGCUCUGCUCUGCCCCUGCACCAAUAUACCCGACAUGCUCAUUCCAGAACCGAACCCUACACUCAUAACUGUCAUCCCAUCCCGUGGUUCCCCUGCCCGAGCCGGGCUCUACAAACCACCUCUGGGUGUGCAGCCAGUGUGGAAUAGGUUACGGUGUGACAUUUAAGUGCUUUUAUAGAGAAUACACCUCUAUGGAUGCUUACAUCAUGCUCGGAAACAUGGCUCAUCAAAGUGGGCCAGAAUCCUCGUAACGUAAUUUUUAUGCUGAUCAGUUGGCUAAUUCUGUUUUUAAGUUUAUUUAUUUUAAUUAAUAGAUAUUUAUUUAACAACCCAGAAAAUACUGACCUAUCAUUCAAUUCCUGAUAUUUGUUGCAUAUGUAAUCAUUAGCUAAUUUUAACAUGAAUAAUACUGGUCUUAGUGAAAUUUUUUAUUUACACUAAUUAGGUAAUUAAUGUACUGGCCCUCCAGUCAGCUGACAUAGCUUAUGAUCAGGUGUUCUGUUAAUUAUGUAGCACAGCAUAGCAUUGUCCAGUAUCUCAAGGCUUUUAAAACUAUUUAGUUACUGUUUUUUUUAACAUCCAACAGAUAUUUUUUGAGGACCUGUUUGAGUCCCUUGCAAUCGCUAACGUUUUAUAUUUUCUCAACACCAAGUGCAGGUUCGUUGGGUUAUAAUUCUUUUGUGAUUAAUGCCUUAAAGAUUAAUUUUGCAUAUUUGUCAACAAAACUGUACUUCAGAAGCACUAAAUGCCAAAUUGUGUGUGAAGCUUAAAGGGGUGAUAUUUGACAGAGGUGACGCAUAUCUCGCUGUCCAUCGCUGUGGGCUGAGGGGUAUCCAUGGCAUCGAGGCAGCCCUCACUGCAUCGUCCUUAAUAGCGCAGAGUUUUAUCCUGCGGCCACUAGAGGGCGUCUGUGAGGUUUCUUUACAGUCAUAGGAAUGUUUUUAGCCUUAUUUUACAGGUAAAUUGACUGAUCUGGUGUUUAAUGAUGACAUGCCGGUCAGACUAAACCCUGAUGUAUAGGUUUAGAAGAUUUUUUUCCCCCCCCAAGGGACAGAUCUGUAAAUAGACUUGGUAUCACUUGUCCCAUGUCAUAAAGCUCAGGAAGACGGAACCACUAAAGCCUAGUUCAUACUUCCCUUUUCCACAUGCUGCUAUGGCCUGUACACAAACAUUUGUCAACACACUGCAUUUGCCUGCAGACGAUCAAAGUUGGCACCAGCAUGCUGCAGAGAUCCCACCAGACCAGCAGAGGGAAAAAUGGAUGAAUCCUGGUCUGAAUGAAUUCUCUUUUUUGCCAAGCGUCAGGCGAUAUUUUUAUGCGAGUUCGUUCCCCAGAAUGCGUAUGCGUAGUGCAGAUGUGUAUUUGUAUGAGUAGCCCUGCACCUCCUCGCACAGCUCUUCUCCUCUCUUUCUUUGCUGUUCUCUGCUCUGUGAGAGUUAGUGCUGCCACCUCCUGGAAACGCCUAGUGAUGUUCAUUGCACAUGAGCAGUUGAUGCACAAGUAGUCCUCGGCACCCACAAUCUGGGCUAUUACGACAUUUACAUCACUCACCCUGUGUAUACACCGUCACUGUGUGGAAAAGUGAGGUAUGAUGUAGACUUAGACCUCUGCUAAAAGUCACAUCCCACAAUUCCGUUGGGCAGCAAACUUAAAUACUACUGUAUGAUCUAAAUUUGAAAGUUAUGGAAUGCCAGAGAUUUAUGGUUCCUGUAGACGAUGUAAAUUGAGUGGAGUGAUUUAUUUACUGUGAAUACCUGUUGAAGGGUCCUUUGAACUCGGAGCUAACCACUAAGCCUUUUUAUGUAAAUAAAUGAAUAAUUAAUGCUU